ACGGAGGACAACUGCGUUUUGUCGCUGCAACUUCUUAUCUGUAUUUUAAGUAUCCCUCCCUUGUUGUAUAUGACCACUUCCUGAUUCAUCGCUCUGAAACUGUGUCGGGGAAACGAUACACAAAUUGAGAUAGACCAACCCCCUUUGGACAUACUCCCCACAUAGGCUAUUCCCCACUGCAUCGCUGGACUAGACAAUGUGACCCUGUACCGCACAGUUCACCCGCCUGUGCUAGUUGAAAACACCCGGAGCUACGGACCGAGGUGUCGGUGUUAUCACGGGACUAGGUGGGACAACAGCGUUUCGACGGGGCAUUAAUCUGCCUGCCAGUACAGAGCCCGUCCAGCUGGCUGCCGCCUGCCCUACAGCGACGGGAGAGGUGCCAGCUGAGCUGUGCUCCAGCGAGCCAUGCGACAGUGGUGUGUCACGGCUGCGACCCCACGCACUGAACCACUCCCCACAGGGCGCCUCUCACCAGCACCCCCCUUAACAGAUGACAGGAUGGAGUGCGGUGCGGUGGAGCCCCGCUACACCAUUGAACAGAUAGACCUCCUGCAGCGCCUGCGCUUAUCCGGCAUGACCAAGCCCCAGAUCAUCCACGCCCUGGAGUCACUGGAGCGCCUGGACCCGGAGCACCGCCCACCCCACUGUGACCCCCCACCCAACGGCACUCCUCUGACCUCCAUCACCGCCACAGCCACCGCCGCCACCACUCCAGCCCCGAACCCGGCCCCGGCCCCCACCGCCACCUCUGCCCCCCAGGCCCAGGCUCCAUCCUCCUCUUCGUCCUCCUCCUCCUCCUCGCUAUCGCUCGCCUCCGCCACCACACAGACCUCGGGCCUGGACGGGCCCUCGCUGUCACCAAGCAACAGCUAUGAGGCCUCGCCCCCGCCCCUCUACACCGCCAGUGCCGGGGCGCCCAGGUCGUUCAGCUACGACAUGCUCGGGGAGGAGGAGUGGGACCUGGAGGAGAAGGUGGAGGAGUACAUGAGGAGGGACAGCAACCUCGUGAAAGAAGAGAUCAAAGCCUUCCUGAACAAUCGCAGGAUUUCUCAGGCAAUUGUGGGCCAAGUCACAGGCAUCAGUCAGAGCUACAUCUCCCAGUGGCUGCUGCAGCAGGGGCUGGAGAUGAGUGACUCCAAGCGCCGAGCCUUCUACCGCUGGUAUCUGCUGGAGCGGAACAACCCAGGGCUGAGGUGGAGUGAAAGCCAGCACGGCCAGGGUCCCGUACCCAGGGCCAGGGGAGGGGACAGAGACGGGCCGGCCACGGGGCUGAGCGCCGCUGGCCUGGCCGCCAACAUCCUCCCAAACCCCAACACCAACCUGCACCCCAACCCCGCCUGGGCCCGGCAGAGGGAGCUGCUGAUGCACCUGCUGCCCUGGUACACUGCUGCGGCCGCGGCGGCCCAGGCCCAGCCAGGUGCCACUCUGUCGAUGCGGUCUUUUGUGAAGGAGGAGCCCGAUUGGAGGACAGGGAUCCUGAGUGGCGAGAGGGGCGGGUUAGUGGGCGGGCCUUUGAGGCUGCGCAGAGGUAGCCGGUUCACCUGGAGGAAAGAGUGCCAAUCAAUCAUGGAGAGUUUCUUCGUAGAGAACCAGUAUCCUGACGAAGCGAAGCGAGAGGAGAUUGCCAAUGCAUGCAACUCUGUCAUCCAGAAACCAGGCUGCAAGCUGUCUGAGUUUGAGCGCGUGACAGCGUUGAAGGUGUACAACUGGUUCGCCAACCGCCGCAAGGAGAUGAAGAGGAGAGCCAACAUCGAGGCUGCUAUUCUGGAGAGCCACGGGAUCGAAGUGGCCAGCCCCAGCUGCCACUCCAACGGAGAGGAUGCCGAGGCGCAAGACUACAGCGAGCAUAUCCAGCAACGCUUCUCAGAGCAGGAAGAGUUGUCUUCCCAGAGAAAUGCCGAUCAACAAGACCCUACCUCAUUGGCUGCCGCUGAGGGCGCAUCACUUCCUAGCCCUGCCCCUCAGCUCCCAGAACAAAUGAAAGAUCAGGAAUCUAAAAUGGACACUGUGGACGAGGAGUGACCGAGCCCCUCCCCAAGGAGAGCUUGGUUUUCGGAAACAACAAACAAAAUAGGAAAAAAAAGCCCAAGUGUCUCUCCCUCUGCCCUCCUCUCCCUAUCAGUGGGGGCAGCCAGGGCUCGCUGACACUUGGGAAAACCAACAAGAGUAUGGGUGCUAAAGCUUGCUGUAGUGCCUCUAGUGGUGAGGAGGCCACUGUAAUCGUAUCAACAGUAAUCCUGCUUAUAUUAAUGGCAAUAUCUAUCUCUAUAUAUAUAUAGUGCAUUCCAAGACGGUCUUAACAAGCCUACGUUUCUUAGAGGGGGGGGGGGGGGG